AUGUCCGAAUUCAAGGACUGGUUUAAUAGUGUUCCCUUUUUUACGCGGUAUUGGCUUGCAGCGACAAUAAUAUUGAGCGUAUUAGGAAGAUUCGGCAUUUUCAAUUAUUAUUACUUUAUUUUGGAUAUUAAUCAGAUAUUUUAUAAAUUCCAGAUAUGGCGACCAAUCACUGCAGUGUUCUAUUAUCCAAUCAGCCCGUCAACAGGUUUUCAUUUUCUAAUAAACUGCUACUUUUUGUACAGUUAUUCACAGCGGCUAGAGUCAGGGAUGUUUGCAGGGAAACCAGCUGAUUACUUUUAUAUGCUUUUAUUCAAUUGGCUGUGCUGUGUUCUACUUGGCCUUUUUACAGGAUUGCCAAUAAUUAUGGACCCAAUGGUGUUAUCAGUCCUAUAUGUUUGGUGUCAACUCAACAAGGAUGUGAUUGUGUCUUUUUGGUUUGGGACACGGUUCAAGGCCAUGUAUUUGCCCUGGGUUUUGCUGGCUUUUAAUUUAAUUAUUAGUGGAGGUGGUAUUCUGGACAUAAUGGGAAUCCUUGUCGGACAUCUGGCAUUCUUCUUAUUAUUCAAAUACCCACAGGAAUUGGGUGGACCCUCGCUGUUAACACCACCUGCAUUUUUAAAACAGAUUUUCCCUGAUACACGGUAUAUGGGGGGCUUUGGUACUGCACCACAAGAGAGAGUGCCCACUAGGCCAGCAUCCAGAAUCAUUGGCGGACACAAUUGGGGCAGAGGGCACGCAUUGGGGGGCAACUGA